CAGUCUUGCAAAAACCUUCCCCAUUUUCUCUCUAUAUAUUCUAUACAACUCUCACUUUUCUCUAGCCUCGUUGUGUGCAUUUGAAUUAUCAAAAAAUUUGGGUCACUCUUUUCAGACAAUGACAGAAUCAAGCCAUUCAUCAUCAGAAGCUGAGAGUUGCAGCAGCAAUAAUGACUCCAACUCGUCAUCCCCCACAUCUUCUUUUUCUUCUUCACAAACUCCCGAGAACUUGUCCAGGAAAUUCAAUCCUGAAGUCCCAGAAGCAGACAGCAAAGCUAAAAGACCAAGAGACACAAGCAGCAAGCACCCAGUUUACAGAGGAGUCAGAAUGAGGAGUUGGGGCAAAUGGGUGUCUGAAAUCCGUGAGCCGCGCAAGAAAUCUCGCAUUUGGCUUGGUACUUUUGCUACCCCAGAUAUGGCAGCGCGUGCUCAUGAUGUAGCUGCUUUAAGCAUCAAAGGUGACUCAGCUAUUCUCAACUUCCCCGAGCUUUCCGAGUUGCUUCCUCGACCUGUUUCAUUAAUUCCCCGUGACAUCCAAGCCGCUGCAGCUAAAGCUGCUUCAAUGGUCAAUUUCAAUACUCUGACAUCGUCUUCUUCAUCAUCAUUUUUAGUAUCCGAAUCUUCAUCUCUGUCAGAGUCCAAUGUCUCGGAAGAACCCGAGGAGCUGAGUGAAAUUGUUCAGUUACCCAAUAUCGAAGGGAAUUUCGACUCCUUAUUUGACCCACUGAACGAGUUUAUACUUCUUGACUCGGUUGAUGGGUGGAUGUAUCCACCACAAGAUUUCUAUGGAGGAUUUGCUGAUCAGAUAUGGGCUACAGAGAAUUUAAUCGCUGGCAACUUUGAAACUUCCAUGUGGGAAUAAUUUGGUGAUGGGCUUCUUUUUCACUACUUUUCUUCUUUAGGAUUACUGUAAUUUUCUUGGGGGAAUUUUUCAAUUUGCUUUUCUAUUUUUGCUAACAGGUCACUUGUCACUUGUAAUAUAAUUUUUGUAAUAUAAAUCAUAUACAAGUCAUAGUUUAGGUUUUCUCUAUUUUGACUAACAUGUAUAAAUAUGUAUACAACUUGAAGAACCUCGAUGAGCUUUUUUCUUUUUCAAAUUUUAUGAAUAAUUUAUGGUUGUUUGUUAUUAGCUUUCUUAUAAUCCUUGAGAAUUUUGAAUAAAAU